CCAGGUAACGUGCUUUAAUAUUUUUUAAACUUAGUUUUCUAACUUGUUUAUAUUAAAACAUCACUUUGCUUUCUAACCUCUUUCUGUUAAAACACUAUACAAACACACAUACCUCACUCUACAGAAUACACUGCUCGUCCCUUUUCCCUUCCCCUCACACACAAAUUUCAUUGAAGACCUUGCUCAUUAUCUCUUUCAAUCACUUGGGACCUUAUUUGAAGAACACUUCAAUCCUCCUAAGCAUCUAAGGUACGACUAUGCCUCCUAAAAAAGAUGAUGGUAAAGGCAAGGGCAAGGCUAUUGUUCCGACGAAGGCCAAGGCUUCUUCCAGACCUCCACAGAAAAAGAGAAAAGGUGGGGAGGCCACUUCAAGCCAAAUUGAAGGGUUGCAAGCAGUUGCAGCUAUAGCAGCCACACGCCCACAACCUGAGGGACAACAAGAAUUUGGACUGAAGAGCAUACCUCAAUUUUCCAAGGCUUGGUACAAGCUUUGUCGGCCGAGACAAAUACAUCCCGAGUCAUCUAUUCAUGAGCGGCACCUACAAGCUAAGUAACACUCAAUUUGGAAAGGUAUUCACGACCUUGGCUUAAGCUAUGUGUUCAGAAACACCGGGGAUAUAAAUGUCAACCUUGUUCGGGAAUUUUAUGCCGGUUUUGAUCCUAAUGAUCUUGAGAAGCUGGUGCCUAUUAGAGGUAGGUUGAUCGAUUUUUCGGCAACAGCUAUAUGUAAGUUUUUGGGAGCUCCGGAUGUUCCACAACAACCCUUGGAGAACUUCAUCACUCGUCCUACAUAUCCGGCAUUGAGACACACUCUCUGUGGUGUCAAUUCUAUGGCUGCUUGGGUUCGUGACAAGAAGACCCAAUGCCAUAAGAAAAUUUCCUAAGAAAAAAAAAUGAAGCCGGAAGCUCAGGUAUGGCUGAAAUUGAUCAACACACGACUAUUACCAUGCAAUCAUGAGACUCUUAUAAGUCGUGAAAGGAUAUGCGUGUUGUACUUCCUCAUGACUAGCCAGAAAGUGAAUGUGGGCCACUUAAUACGCUACCAGAUGUCCGAGGUGAGAAAAAGAAAGUGCAUUGACAGAUUGUCCUUUGCCAACAUGUUGACUCAGUACCUACGCAAAGAGGAGGUGGAGGAGGAGCGAGAUUUUGAUAAAGUCAUUCCACCACCCCUUAGACUAUUGGACAUCACAAGAAUACGGGUGAAAAAGGAGAAUGACAUAGCCACAAUGAUAGGUGCCGAGCACAAUGCUCGAGAUGACAGCUUUAUGGCACAUCUAUAUGGGAUGAUGGACUUACAGCUCAGGAUUAGGGGAAGACCGGCCACUACUGAGGAGAGGGCCACUUUGGAGGAGCGUUAUCUGCUAAAGCCUCAUGUGCAACAGCUAGUUAGGCUUGGCGAUGGGCAGCGACUCCUAGAUGAUGAGGAUGUCAACACACCAAUAUGUUCUGAGGCAAGCCAGAGCAGUCCGACGAGGAUGAUGAUGAUGAUGCCGAGGGAGAAGAGGAUGAGGACUGGACAUGUGAAGAUGGAGCCUUCGAUGAUAAGGGCGAAGACGAUGUCUGAUUAGGGAGUUUUUCCAACCACCUUACAUGUUUUAUUUUGUUUAUGAAUUUAUAUAUGCA